AUGGCGUCUCCGAAACCCACCGAUCAGAUUAAGCAGCUCAAAGACAUCUUCGCUCGCUUCGACAUGGACGGAGACGGAAGCCUCACACAGCUCGAACUCGCCGCUCUCCUCCGUUCCCUCGGAAUCAAACCUCGCGGCGAUCAGAUCUCUCUCCUCCUCAACCAAAUCGACCGCAACGGCAACGGAUCCGUCGAAUUCGACGAGCUCGUCGUCGCGAUUCUGCCGGAUAUCAACGAGGAGGUUCUCAUCAACCAGGAGCAGCUCAUGGAGGUCUUCCGCUCGUUCGACCGCGACGGUAACGGAUCGAUCACGGCGGCGGAGCUCGCCGGGUCAAUGGCUAAAAUGGGACAUCCGUUGACCUACCGUGAGUUGACGGAAAUGAUGACGGAGGCUGAUUCUAACGGUGACGGCGUUAUUAGUUUCAACGAGUUCGCGCAUAUCAUGGCCAAAUCUGCCGCUGAUUUUCUUGGGUUGACCGCUGCUGCUUAA